GUAUCAGUAGUUAGUGGUGGUCGUUAAAAUUCCAACUCCCUUCACUCGCUCCUACUUCCACCGCCACCACCAGUCCCCCCGCCGCUGCCAUGCCUUUCUCUCUCCUUUCUCCUCCGCCGCCUCUCCUCUCCCCGAUCAGUUCCUCUUCCUCCUCAAAUAGAUUUUUCGUACCGAAAAGGUUCAUCCGUACAAUUGCCAAGGCUUCUGAGGAUGAUGACGACAAACCAGCUUUCAAUCCAUUUGGUUUCGUCACUGACAAUCCGUCAAGCCGCAGCGCCAUUCAGCUCCCGGAAUCCCCUGCCGAGGACGGGAAUGUCGGACAAAUGCUCUACAGAAUAGAAGACAAGGGGAAGGAAUAUGGUUCAUACAUUAAAUCUGGAGGGUUUCGAUGGUUUGUUAGAGAAACAGGAUCACCUGAGAGCAGACGUGGAACUGUUGUGUUUCUCCAUGGAGCUCCAACACAGUCCUACAGCUAUCGAGUUGUCAUGUCUCAGAUGGCAGAUGCUGGGUUCCACUGCUUUGCACCUGACUGGAUCGGAUUUGGUUUCAGUGACAAGCCACAGGCUGGAUAUGGAUUCGACUACACAGAGAAAGAAUUCCAUGAAGUAUUUGACAAGUUACUGGACACACUCGGGGUUACUUCUCCUUUUCUCCUAGUAGUUCAGGGAUUUCUGGUGGGAUCAUAUGGAUUGACUUGGGCUUUGAAAAAUCAAAGCAAAAUAUCAAAGCUUGCAAUCCUGAACACCCCAUUGACAAUUUCAUCUCCACUUCCUGGACUAUUUCAACAACUAAGGAUUCCAUUUUUUGGUGAAUUUACUUGCCAGAAUGCGGUUAUGGCAGAGCGUUUUAUUGAAGCAGGUAGCCCCUACGUCUUGAAGCUGGAAAAGGCAGACGUGUAUCGGUUACCAUAUUUGGCCAGCAGUGGACCUGGAUUUGCACUGCUUGAGGCUGCAAAAAGAGCUAACUUCAAGGAUAUUACUAGCCAAAUAUCAGCUGGAUUUGCAUCUGGAAGCUGGGACAAACCAAUUUUAGUUGCCUGGGGAAUAUCAGACAAGUAUCUCCCUCAGUCAAUAGCGGAAGAAUUUCAGAAAGGGAAUCCUGAUGUAAUAAAGCUUAAGAUGAUUGAAGGUGCAGGCCACAUGCCACAGGAGGACUGGCCAGAGAAAGUUGUUGAUGCCUUGAGAGUAUUCUUUUGAUCCACGAAAAGCCCGCUUAAGACACAAUCUACUCAGCUACCAUUGGAUAUUAUGUUUAGAAGGUAGCUGAUGUUUUCCGAUACAAAUGUAUGUCUUAAAUGGUCGCAAAGGCAGUUCUAUAAUUUGAUUGGUAAAUUGUUACCUAAAUUGAAGAUGCUACAACAUCUGUACAUCAUUCUAACAGAAAAGGGAAGAAGGAAAAUAAAUGUGGAUCUUCUUCCUCUGGACGAAUACUAUGGACUAAUCAUGCCAAAAAGGACCUUGCUCGGGAACUA